CACCCCGCCCCUCGCGCCGCCACAUCGCUCUCUCCUUUCCUUCCUUCCUUCCAGCCUCUCCCUCCACACCCAGCCUCAUCACACAACAAUGGCGGCCCCUACCCCCACCACCACCAUGGACCCCGCCGCCUCAAUCGCCCUCAUCAAAUCCAACCUCGCCGAAGUCCUCAACCCCGAACUCAUCGACGAUGUGAUCCUCACCCAGAAGCGCGCGCUGAAAGUCUACUGGGGUACUGCGACAACGGGACGCCCUCACUGCGCCUACUUCGUCCCCAUCAUCAAGAUCGCCGAGCUCCUCCACGCAGGAUGCCACGUCAAGAUCCUCCUGGCUGACAUCCACGGCUACCUCGAUAACAUGAAAGCCCCCCUCGAGCUCGUCGAGUUCCGCGCCGCCUACUACAGCCGCCUCAUCAAAGCCCUCCUCCGCGCCGUCGGCGUGGACCUCUCCCUCCUCGAAUUCGUCCUUGGAAGCUCCUACCAGCUCGGCAAGGACUACACCAUGGACCGCUUCAAGCUCGAAGGCGUGACGCGCAUCAGUGUCGCCCAGAAGGCCGGCGCGGAGGUGGUGAAGCAGACCGACGACCCGACGCUGGGGGGGCUGAUCUACCCCCUCAUGCAGGCGCUGGAUGAGCAGUACCUCGAUGUCGACGCGCAGUUCGGCGGCGUGGAUCAGAGGAAGAUCUUCACCUUCGCCAUGGAGAACCUCCCGCGCAUCGGAUAUAAAGUGCGUGCUCACUUAAUGAAUACGAUGAUCCCGGGCUUGGGGGAGGCGGCGAAGAUGAGCGCGAGUGAUCCGGAUAGUAAGAUUGAUCUCCUUGACGACGCGAAGGGGGUGGAGAAGAAGCUGAAGAAGGCGGUGUGUGUGCCGAGGAAGGUGGAGGGGAAUGGACUGAUUGCGUUUGUGGAACAUGUUAUCUUCCGCGCGGUGGCGCUGAAGAGUGGGGGGACGGCCAAGUAUGUGGUGGAGAGGAGGGAGGGGGAGCCGUUGGUUUAUGAGGAUGUGGAGGCGUUGAAGAGGGAUUAUGAGGCGGAUAUUCUAACCCCCCAACUCCUCAAAUCUUCCCUCACCUCCGCCCUCAACUCCCUCCUCGACCCCAUCCGCGCCGAGUUCGCCGCAGACAAAGAAUGGCAAGAGAUCGAGGCAAAGGCCUACCCCAUCAUCAAAGUCGAGAAGAUAAAGACAAAAGUCAAGAAGGACAAAGGCGACCCCGCCAAGCGCGCUGCUGCUGCCGCGGCGCGCAAGGGCGGCGUGGCUGUUGUGGCGCAGGAAGAUGGUAGUGUAGAGGUCAACAAUGAGGCUGUGAAGGAGGAGGUCGUGUUGGGGACGGGGACGGGGGUGGUGGAGGAGGUUGCGGAGAAGUUGGAGAGUGCGAAGGUGGAGUAGAUAGAUGGUGGUGGUGGGGAGGGUGGGAAAAGGCGUUGUGAUUGUGCGUGCAUAUGGAUGAAUAUUACGAGUGAAAGAUUAGCAUGACGGAAUGGGAGAUGGUUGAAUACCCUUUGGAUGAAGGAGAUUCGGAAUUCGAAUAUUACGUUUUUUAUGUUUGAUUCGUAUCAAGUUUCACCCCUUGGCAAGUGGCGGCCCAAAUGAGAUGAGGUGUGCAAAGUAGUCGCGGGUCACAAGGUGUCACAAUUAACGAUGUAGCAAUUGAAAACAUCAAGUCUCAAGUUAAGUUAUUCUCUAUUAUCAAUAUACC